CGUGCUGUUCUUGCUGCACGGUCACCUGUUUUUCGUAGUAUGUUCUCACAUAAUUUAAAAGAGACUGAAUUAUCAAGCGUAGAUAUUUCAGAUAUGUCCAUGGAAACUUGUCAAGCUUUCUUAAACUACAUUUAUGGAAGUAUCGAUGAUGAGGAGUUCCUUAGUAAUAGGCUUGCGCUUCUUCAUGCUGCGGAUAAGUACGAUGUCUCUGAACUUAAAGAAUCUUGUCAUGAUAGUCUUGUACAGGAUAUUAAUACGGAGAAUGUACUUGACCGAAUACAAAUUGCAAACCUGUAUCAAUUGCCGAUACUGAAGGGUACUUGUAUGAGGUAUCUAGUGAAGUUCGGCAAAAUAUUUGACAUCCGUGAUGAAUUCACCGAUUUUCUUAUAUGUAGAGAUAGGGAACUCAUAGCUGAUAUUUUCCAUGAAGUUCUCAAUAGUUGGAAAGGUUUCUGAAGUUCUCAAAACAAUGAAAUAUCAAAGAUGCUUAAAUAUAAAUACAGGUUGCUCUUUUGUGCAAGAUUUGGCUCCAAUUCACCGGGAACCUUUUUCUGUUUAUAUUUUUUAUUCCAAAUUUAGGAUAAAUUUCAUUCCUUUGUAAAUUUAGAUUUGAAAAAAGAAGAAAAAUCGUGUACAUAGCUUGUAUGGGUGCUCUUGGAUUCUAUCAAAAUGUAAAUGCCGCUCCUAUUUGGCUAUUGUACAAUCGUAUUUCUCUACACCAAGCAAUGCUGUUAAACUAA